AAGCUGAGAAUGCUGACUGCUGCUACUCCGGGAGCCCAGUCGGCCAUCAUACUGCCACAACUGAGAGGAGGAGAACACAAGGCCCACACUGCCCUCUACAGGGCCCCAGGAGGUACUGCUGCCCAGGCUGGAGAAGCCCUACAUGGGGAGGACAGGCAGAUGACGGGCCUGGGGUCGUCAGGGAGAUGGGGUGGUCACAGAGUCCAGGGGAAGCGCUCCCAUUCGCCGACUCACAGCAGUGACUCCGCCCACUCUCAACGUAACCUGCAUCCUCACAGAAAAAAGAGCUCUCACCAGAAGAAGUAAGCAGAGAGAUUGGCCCCCCAUACUGACAUAGCCUUUACCUGUCAUUUGCAAGGCCGGAUUAAUGCAGGGAAUUUCCGGGGCUUAAGCCAACCACAGGAGGAUUCAGGAGCCCGCUCUCAAUAAGUGUAGACAGCCUAUUGCUGCCUGCUGCCACUCUGCUAAUCAUCAGAUGGGGGGAGGAGAGGAGGUGUGUGGGGAGGGGAUGGGGGCACGUGGGUAACUGGGGGGCCCUGCCUUGAUUGGGUAACCGAUUCAUAAAAAAUUAAAAAUAAAUGUGACUGGUCAAUUGUGAGUCAAGGGCUGGGCCCAAGUCCAAGAGGUAAUUCCAUUAUUAUGAUAGUUUUUUAUCCAACCACAAUGUUCAAAAUACACCAGAGAGCAUAAUUUAGCCACAAAGCAUAAUUUAGACACAGAGUUAAAAAAUGUUUUACUGUGGAUAACAUUGUAUCACAAGCACAUACAGGUAACUGCCAACAUAAAGGAAAGACCAACAUAAAGUGUCUUUAAAAUGGUGUUUGGCCACCACGAGCUGCCAGAACAGCUCAAUGCACCAAGGCAUAGAUUCUACAAAUGGACCUAUACCAUGCCAGGAAAAUGCAUCCCAUAGACCAUAACCUACAUAACGGCAGGAAGUAGGGGUGCCUAGGGUGCUGCACCCCCCCCCUAAAAAAUAAAUAAAUAAAAAAUAAAUAAAUACAUAAUAUAAAAAAAUAAACUACAAUAAUUCAUUCGGAAAGUAUUCAGACCCCUAGACUUUUUCCACAUUUUGUUACGUUACAGCCUUAUUCUACAAUGGAUUAAAUAAAUGUUUCCCGUCAUAAAUCUACACACAAUAUUCCAUAAUGACAAAGUGAAAACAGUUUUUUUAGAAAUCUUUGCACAUUUAUUAAAAAUUAAAAACAGAAAUACCUUAAGUAUUUGGACCCUUUGCUAUGAGACUUGAAAUUAAGCUCAGGUGCAUCCUGUUUCCAUUGAUCAUCCUUCAGAUGUUUCUACAACUUGAUUGGAGUCCACCUGUGGUAAAUUCAAUUGAUUGGACAUGAUUUGGAAAGGCACACACCUGUCUAUAUAAGGUCCCACAGUUGACAGUGCAUGUCAGAGCAAAAACCAAGCCAUGAGGUCGAAGGAAUUGUCCGUAGAGCUCCGAGACAGGAUUGUGUCGAGACACAGAUCUGGGGAAGGGUACCAAAAAAUGUCUGCAGCAUUGAAGGUUCCCAAGAACACAGUGGCCUCCACCAUUCUUAAAUGGAAGAAGUUUGGAACCAACAAGACUCUUCCUAGAGCGGGCCGCCCAGCCAAACUGAGCAAUUGGGGGAGAAGGGCCUUGGUCAGGGAGGUGACCAAGAACCCCAUGGUCCUCUGUGGAGAUGGGUGAACCUUCCAGAAGGACAACCAUCUCUGCAGCACUCCACCCAUCAGGCCUUUAUGGUAGAGUGGCCAGACAGAAGCCACUCCUCAGUAAAAGGCACAUCACAGCCCGCUUGGAGUUUGCCAAAAGUCACCUAAAGGACUCUCAGACCAUGAGAAACAAGAUUAUCUGGUCUGAUGAAACCAAGAUUGAACUCUUUGUCCUGAAUGCCAAGCGUCACGUCUGGAGGAAACCUGGCACCAUCCCUACGGUGAAGCAUGGUGGUGGCAGCAUCGUGCCAUGGGGAUGUUUUUCAGCGGCAGGGACUGGAAGACUAGUCAGGAUCAAGUUCAGAGAGCUCCUUGAUGAAAACCUGCUCCAGAGUGCUCAGGACCUCAGACUGGAGCGAAGGUUCACCUUCCAACAGGACAAUGACCCUAAGCACACAGCCAGGACAACGCAGUAGUGGCUUCAUCGCUGAAUGUCCUUGAGUGGCCCAGCCAGAGCCCAGACUUGAACCCGAUCAAACAUCUCUGGAGAGACCUGAAAAUAGCUGUGCAGUGACGCUCCCCAUCCAACCUGACAGAGCUUGAGAGGAUCUGCAGAGAAGAAUGGGAGAAACUCCCCAAAUACAGGUGUGCCAAGCCUGUAGCAUCAUACCCAAGACUCGAGGCUGUAAUCGCUGCCAAAGGUGCUUCAACAAAGUACUGAGUAAAGGAUCUGAAUACUUACAGUAUGUAAAUGUGAUAUUUCAGUUUGUUAUUUUUAAUACAUUGGCAAACAUUUCUAAAACACAGUUUUUGCUUUGUCAUUAUGGGGUAUUGUGUGUAGAUUGAUGAGGGGGGAAAACUAUUUAAUCCCUUUUAGAAUAAGGCUGUAACGUAACAAAAAGUGGAAAAAGUUGAGGGGUCUGAAUACUUUCCGAGGGCACUGUAUGUAUAUAUUAAAAUGUAAUUUUUUCACAAAAGCAGUGCACUGGGCCUUUACUGGUCCUGUAUUAUUGGACCUACAUAGCCGUCUGUAGUGCGGGCAAAACAAUUUAUUGCAGCACUCCCACCCCCAACAUUCUUCACAGCACUCCCACCCCCAACAUUCUUCACAGCACUCCCACCACCAACAUUCUUCACAGCACUCCCACCACCAAACAUCUUCCUGCGGUUGGAUAACAUCUUCCUGCGGUUGGAUAACAUCUUCCCUGUGGUUGGAUAACAUCAACUUUGUACCCCUCAUUUAAUCAAGUGUUUCCUUUAUUUUGGCAGUUACCAGUUGCCUACAGUCGGGAGGUCGCAGUUUGGGCAGAAUGCCCGCCAAAUAUACAGCUUGUUGCGUUGCGGCCAUAGACAUAUAAUUCAUAGAAGUGUUUUGAAACCUCUUACCCUGGCAAUUUGAGUGUUACACUCAUGGGUACACUAGCGGUGGCUGCCAGUCCUGACCUGAAUGGGAACUGCCAUCUAUGGAUUAUAUUUCUAUGGUUGGGUGCAGCUGUCUGUUCGCCUUGAGCAAAUGUCAAAAUACAAUCCUGGGAAAAACGUACAGUUUGGAAAGCAAUUGCCUACCGCUGAAAAGAGAAGAUUAAUCUGUCUGUAGAACCAAUAGAAGAAAAUAAAUCUCAGCAACUCCGAAUUAUUUGGGAACAGCAGCACUGUUUUUCAAAGAUAGCUCAUCUUGAGAUAGGCAAUUGCCAUGAUGAGCGCAUCGGCCACCACAGUGAGUAGUAGCCUAUGGCUUCAUCUUCAUCAUUAGGUGAGUCAGUGUGCCACUGGAAAUUGUAUUUAGUAGCCUACUGUAGUCUAUAAUACAUAUAUAUAUUGCCUCCUAAUAUUGUACAUUCUGUGUGUCGCUUCAUUGGCCUGGGCUAUUUAUUGUCUGUUUGAAUUCAAGACCAGAUUGAUCUCAGUGUCAGAGUAGCUCACUUUUUUCAGUCAUUUGUGUGGUAUAACAAAUGUUCAGCUAAUGUCUGCGGUCAUGUAAAUUAUGUAGAAUUGAAUUAAAUGCAUUUUUAAAAGGCUAUUUUUUAGGGGGAAGACCCUGCUAACAAAUGUUCGCCAUGUGUGGAAAUCCUAAAAACGUCUCUGCUCCACAUCGCAAAUGUUAUUAUGGGUUUAUUAUAAAGGGGCUUUUUCUUCAACGCUAAAUUUACCACACACCGAAUUUCAUCUUGGUGCACGAAUUGUUUACUGAAAAUUAAGGUGGCGGUGCUAUAAAAAAAAACUAAAUAAAAGCCCCGGGGCCUAUGACUUCUUUAUCCGGCCCUGGUCAUUACCAUGUGUUGUGUUCUCCACUUCUUUUAUGGCCACUGCUUAGUGUUUCAGUGUUUAGUCUGCUGUCCAGGGCACAGGCCGAUGCACUUCCCUAUCCACUUGUGCUAUCCUGAGAUUUGCUAAUAGCAAUCAAAACAGGUUGAUCACUUUGAGAACUAAACACCCUGUCGGUCUUCUAAUGUGGCACGUCACAAAAAAAAUUAUGCACUUAUUUUGCCCCACUCUCCAAUUUCUUCAUAUAGCGUAACUACUAAAGGUAUCCAGCCAUCUUUCCUCUGUUACCAAUAAUCAACUGAUACUCAUUACCUAUCUACCUCUAGGACUAAAAGGACCCACUCUUCCAAGAAGCACCAUCGUGGGGGUCGGGGACAGGCUCUUCACCGGAGGCUGUCUGCAUCCCCGGGGCGGCACCACCAUGUGUCUGGGUCAGGCAGGAAGAAGAGUGAGUCUCGGGGGCGGGGCGGUGUGGGGGUCCGGCAGCGCAGCAGCUCCUGGAGCUCAGGACGGUCCUCAUCAUGCUCUGCCUCCAGAGAGAGAGGCCCCAGCAAGGCCAAGUCCCUCCACGUCCAUGCCAGACAGAACAAUUCC